UAUAAAGAGCAGCCAUUGCCACCCUCUUUCCACACAUAUCAUCUCCUUGACUUCAAAUCUUUACUCUCUGCUUGAGUUUUGAAUUCUCUCUUGCAGAUUUUUCAUAACCAUUAUUGUCUCUCUCUUCCACCAUUACUGAUACAGAAAGGAAAUGGCAUCAAGCUCAAUGUCCUCUCGUGGGUCUGGUUCAUGGACUGCGCAGCAAAACAAAGCCUUUGAGAAGGCUUUGGCUGUGUAUGAUAAGGACACCCCUGAGCGUUGGGCCAAUGUCGCCAAGGCAGUUGGUGGCAAAACUGCUGAAGAAGUGAAAAGACACUAUGAGAUUCUUGUUGAGGAUGUCAAGUAUAUUGAGUCUGGCCAAGUUCCCUUCCCUAAUUACAGGACCACUGGAGGCUCCACCAGAGGUAACUUGGAUGAUCAACAAAAGAGGAUGAAAAAUAUGAAGCUGCACUGAGUUAAAAGAAAACUGAAGAAGAAUCUUCAAUGGAAGCCCUACUUCAAGAAUCGUCUAUGCAGAUUCUCGUCUUUUAUUUAAUUUUUAUCUUUUUUUUUUUGAAAUUAAAGUGUAUUUUAUUUCUGUGAUGCUAUAUAAAUGUAUUCCCAUGUGCUUUUCAUCUUGUGUAAUAAAUAUCUUGUUUACUUA